AUGCUCACCCGCGACGAUUUUGUGAAGUUCUUUUCUACCCGCAAGCAGGUGGCUGCGUCCACCCUGAAGAAUCGAGUUGCGUUCCUGUUCAAGCACGACGAGGCCCGCAAGACGUAUCUGUUUCACGUUAUCGCGCUGAUCAACACGAAGGCCGGCAAGAUUGUCGAAGCCGAUGCUCGUCAGAAGUUUCAGGCAGCCGCUGUGCGAGCGCGCAACAAAUCUAAAAAGCAGUCGCUGGAUAACGCCAUCAAAAACAGCAAUGAUGAUUUCACCAGAUGGGACAUCGCUAGUGAUCGCAAGAACAUUCAGUCGUUCGCUCGUGAUCUACAGCGUGCUAUGAUGCUAGCUUGCUAUGUUUAUCAACCAGCUCUACGAUCGGAUUGGAGCACUCUCAAAAUCACAUCUGCUGCCGUGAAUAGGCUCGACCCGAAGCAGAACUGGAUCCAUGUUCUUCGCGGAGGACGUAUCAGAUUGCUCAUGAACGAUUUCAAAAACGCGAAAUCAUUCGGGAAGCACAUUAUCGAGGUUGAAAACGUCCACCUGAAGCGAUAUCUCAAGUACUGGACUGAUCUACUCGGGCGAUUGCUCGGUAGCAAGCCUGAGCAUCUAUUCAUCUAUCAGCUAUCUCCAGUCAAGGAUGUCAUCUUGAUCAGUACUACGCGAGAAGCAUUCUCAAAGGCUGUUGCUAGAAACUCUGAUAAGAUCUUCAACCGACCCCAGACGGCCAACAGCUUCCGUCAUGCUUGGAAGAAAAAAAUUCAGGAGGAUCCAGCGUAUCAGCGAAUGACUCAAGCCGAGCGUCAAGCUCUGCACCACAAGCUGUUCACGGAGUCUUCACAGGCGGAAAGAGCCUCCGGCCGUGCCUACGCCGUACUUUCGUCGGAUACCUCUACGGACAUAGCGAAUCUUUUCCUGGUGCUCUCGUCGAUCGCUCUUGCUCAGCAGAAACUUCUCUCCAUGAUCAAGAGCAUCGGUGACGAUGCCCUUCUUUUUAGCGUACUCGAAGCCGCGUUUAGCUACCUUGGCAACCUUUGCUACAUCUUCCUUGAGACCAACGCCCGCCAGCUGCUUGAUUCCACUUCUUGCGACCACGCCGGCGUCAGGAGCACCAAGAGCCGUAGCCGCAGCUGGAACGCCGGCAUCUAG